AAGGAUUCCAUUCUUGUUUUCAGUUCAUCCCAAUGCCUGUGCUUUACGGCGUCUUCCUCUACAUGGGUGUGUCGUCCCUCAGAGGAAUUCAGUUCUUCGAUCGCUUGAAGCUGUUCUGGAUGCCGGCGAAACACCAGCCGGAUUUCGUCUACCUGCGGCACGUGCCCUUGCGAAAGGUGCAUUUCUUCACCACCGUCCAGCUGAUCUGCCUCGUCCUGCUCUGGGGCAUCAAGGCGUCCCGUGCCGCCAUCAUCUUUCCCAUGAUGGUGUUGGCUCUCGUUUUUGUGCGCAAAGUGAUGGAUUUCUGCUUCUCCAAGCGAGAGCUCAGCUUUCUGGAUGACCUGAUGCCAGAAAGCAAGAAGCAGAGGUUGGGCGACGCCAAAACCGAAGCCCAAGAAGAAGAGGAGUCCCAGAAGACGAUGGCAGCUGCUGCUGCAAAUUGCGUUCAGCUGGAACUGGGGGAGACCAGCGGCUUGGAUAUCCCACAGCAACCCAGUGACAGGGCUGAUCCUUCGGAGAUUAAUAUCUCAGACGAGAUGUCCAACAUGACCGUGUGGAAGGCGCUGACGAUGAAGAGGGAAACGCUCUGACUCUGGGGAGGAAAGAGGAAUGUUGACUCUGAAGGAGAGGAGUGAGAACGUGACUCAGGGAUGUGCCGACGCAGGCCCGGGGAGAAACCGCUUCCCUUCAGCCGGAGGAUUCCCAUUAAAGCCAUGCAGAUGUUGUCGGUUACCCUGGGUGUGCUUCAGGCGUUCAGUAUCCCCAGAGC